CGGCUGCCUGCACACUGGAACGUUGUGAAAGAGUGCAAAAGUUUUCAAAGGAUAUAAUUAAAGUGUAGUUAUAAUUUCAUUUGGACAAGAAUGGUGUGGAUACGUCCAUCCGUCGUUGUGCUGAUGAUAGUGAUACAGACCUGUUCGGCAGGCAGGUUAGAACGAAUGGAGCGUCGAUUGGAAAUGAAACUGAAAGCCUUUCAGGCCUACGUUGAGGUGAGAUUGGACGCUACUGAUGGAGAUUUCGGUACACUAGCUGAUAGAGUUUCUAAGCUUGAGGCAAUAGUUUCCACGUCAGAAAACGAUAUCAGCGAAAAAAGAAGUAACGGUUCAAGGAACGAGCAUACUAAAGCAUAUACAAAACCAGAAGUAAAUCACAUUCAAAAUACGCUCACUAUGUAUAAACGUUCGUUUGAAAAACAAAAACAGGAAAUGAACGAUGUGAAGAUGGUUUUCAAAGAUGCACUGUCAGUAUUUCUUAACAACGCUUCAUUAACUGUUAGCACAUUAUUUAACGCUGUCAAUGAACAUGUGAAUAAUAGUGCUGAUGAUAUAUCAGCUACUUUAAAAAAUGUUAGCGAUACAGUAGUUAAAAGUGGGAGUCAUUUGCGCUCUGAUAUAUUCACAUAUUUGGGCAAUCUCAGCUCUGAAGUUAAAACUGAGUUGGCCCUGCACGUUGAAGGGGCAACAGAUGACAACAAUAAAACAUUGAUUGCUCUUAAUUCUCAAGUCCGAGAUCAUAUCGCCAAUGAAACAGAAAGUCUAGAAGUUUUUAAAACUAAAAUACUUCAAGACGUGAACGAAGCACGGGCACUUGUCCAAAACGAAACAACUGAACUUGAAAAGAAGGUUGAAGAGCUAAUAGGCAGAGCAAAAGAAGUUGUUGGCAUCAUUGAUGAGCAGAGAUCUACAAUAGAAGACGGUAUUAUGGUCACCAACAGGGCGCUUCACAGUUCCUGGAGUGACUGGUCCGCAUGGUCCGACUGUUCUCAGUCAUGUGACAGCGGCAGGAAAAGUAGACACAGGUCAUGUGAUGUUACUCCGCCUACUAUUGAUGGAAUUUGCAUUGGAAAUGCAACAGAAACAGAGCAAUGCUUCAUUCACGAGUUUUGUCCAUAUCUGGACGAAUGGUCGCCAUGGUCACAAUGUUCCAAAACAUGCAACACUGGAACAAUGACGAGAGACAGAACAUGCCAUGCACCGGCUUCUCUUGCAUCAACUUGCCACGGAAAUAUAACUGAAAGUCAGACAUGUCUGAUGUUAACCGAAUGUCCACAGACAACCACGGUCACCGCUUGUGGAGGGUUUCUAUGUUCUAACGGUGGAUGUAUUCCUGACCAUUGGGUUUGUAAUGGCAUUAGAUCUUGCUUGGAUGGAGGAGAUGAAAGGAACUGUGAGACGAGAACCUGUGCAACCGACAAGUUCCGUUGCUCUUCCGGGCAAUGCGUUGACACUGAUGUCGUAUGUGAUGGCAUUACGUGGGGCUGCAGAGAUGGAAGUGAUGAGCAAAACUGUGACACCUGUGCAUCCGGCGCGUUUCUUUGCUCUUUGCCCAGGAAGUGUAUACGGGAGAAGGAUGUAUGUGAUGGACAUUCAGACUGCUUGGAUGGAAGUGAUGAGGAAAACUGUGAGACGAGAACCUGUACAUCCAGCCAGUUCCGCUGCUCUUCCGGGCAAUGCAUUCCCAAUAGUUGGGCAUGUAAUGGCAACAAGGAAUGUCGAGAUGAUAGUGAUGAGGAAAACUGUGAGACGAGAACCUGUACAUCCAGCCAGUUCCGCUGCUCUUCCGGGCAAUGCAUUCCCAAUAGUUGGGCAUGUAAUGGCAACAAGGAAUGUCGAGAUGAUAGUGAUGAGGAAAACUGUGAGACGAGAACCUGUGCAACCGACAAGUUCCGUUGCUCUUCCGGGCAAUGCGUUGACACUGAUCUCGUAUGUGAUGGCUUUCCGGGGCACUGCAGAGAUCAAAGUGAUGAGGAAAACUGUGACACCUGUGCAUCCGGCGCGUUCCUUUGCUCUUCCGGAAGGUGUAUACGGGAGAGUUACGUAUGCAAUGGACUUUCAAACUGCCCGGAUGGAAGUGAUGAGGAAAACUGUGAGACGAGAACCUGUGCAUCUGACAAGUUCCGUUGCUCUUCCGGAUUGUGUAUCGAUAAGGGUUGGAUAUGUGACGGAGAUUUGGACUGCACUGAUGGAGCUGAUGAGGAAAACUGUGAUGACUGAACAACACGUGUGUGGCAGGACAUUUGACUUUCCAUUUUUGGGUCGCGUGAUGCAUCGGCCGCCUGAUACUUGCAGUGCUACAUACAUUUAUACGUCUUAAAGCAGCAACCAUAUAAGAAGACUGAUCCUCUCACCUGGACCGUCGUAUUAUAAACUUUUCUCGUUCAAACAAAACUGAUAACACACAAGAACUGUCCACUAAGACAUUACAAUUACUCAAUACACAUACGUAACUAAACACCAUAUCAAACAAGAAUUCGUGCACGGUGAUGUGUUUGAAAUUGUCAACAAAUGUAGACAAGCGAUUUUGUUGGACAGUAAAAUAUCUCCAGAAUUUAUAAAUGCCCUAUCCACAAAUACACCUACUCACUGAUAACCCCAUUAAGGAAACCGACAAACAAAUAAGUUAGCUUUCUGAUUGCUUCAUUAAGUAAUCCGACCAACAAAAUAGCUCGCACUCUGAUACACACAUUAACAUUUAUGUUAAAUGUUACCUCAAUUAUGUUGUUACUCUUAUAUAAAUAGUAUUGAGUCACCAGACAUCCAAAAGACACAUGAUUGUUGGUGGGACUAUAUAAAUAUAAAAAAACAAUUGGGUCACCAGGCAUACAGAAGUCAAAUACUUGUGGGUUGGAUUCUUUAAAUAGAAAUAAUAUUGGGUUACCAGGCAUACAGAAGUCAAAUACUUGUGGGUUGGAUUCUUUAAAUAGAAAUAAUAUUGAGUCACCAGCCAUACAGAAGUCAAAUACUUAUGGGUUGGAUUCUUUAAAUUGAAAUAAUAUUGGGUUACCAGGCAUACAGAAGUAAAAUACCUGUGUGUUGGAUUCUUUAAAUAGAAAUAAUAUUGGGUCACCAGGCAUACAGAAGUCAAAUACUUGUGGGUUGGAUUAUUUAAAUAGAAAUAAUAUUUGGUCACCAGGCAUACAGAAGUCAAAUACUUGUGGGUUGGAUUCUUUAAAUAGAAAUAAUAUUGGGUCACCAGGCAUACAGAAGUCAAAUACUUGUUGGUUGGAUUCUUUAAAUAGAAAUAAUAUUGGGUUACCAGGCAUACAGAAGUCAAAUACUUGUGUGUUGGAUCCUUUAAAUAGAAAUAAUAUUGAGUCACCAGGCAUACAGAAGUCAAAUACUUGUGGGUUGAAUUCUUUAAAUAGAAAUAAUACUGAGUCACCAGGCAUACAGAAGUCAAAUACUUGUGGGUUGGAUUCUUUAAUAAGAAAUAUUAUUGGGUCACCAGGCAUACAGAAGUCAAAUACUUGUGGGUUGGAUUCUUUAAUAAGAAAUAAUAUUUGGUCACCAGGCAUACAGAACUCAAAUACUUGUGGGUUGGAUUCUUUAAUAAGAAAUAAUAUUUGGUCACCAGGCAUACAGAAGUCAAAUACUUGUGGGUUGGAUUCUUUAAUAAGAAAUAUUAUUUGGUCACCAGGCAUACAGAAAUCAAAUACUUGUGGGUUGGAUUCUUUAAUAAGAAAUAAUAUUUGGUCACCAGGCAUACAGAAGUCAAAUACUUGUGGGUUGGAUUCUUUAAUAAGAAAUAAUAUUUGGUCACCAGGCAUACAGAAGUCAAAUACUUGUGGGUUGGAUUCUUUAAUAAGAAAUAUUAUUGGGUCACCAGGCAUACAGAAGUCAAAUACUUGUGGGUUGGAUUUUUUAAUAAGAAAUAAUAUUGGGUCACCAGGCAUACAGAAGUCAAAUACUUGUGGGUUGGAUUCUUUAAAAAGAAAAAAAUAUUGAGUCACCAGGCAUACAGAAGUCAAAUACUUGUGGGUUGGAUUCUUUAAAUAGAAAAAAUAUUGGGUUACCAGGCAUACAGAAGUCAAAUACUUGUGGGUUGGAUUCUUUAGUAAGAUAUAAUAUUUGGUCACCAGGCAUACAGAAGUCAAAUACUUGUGGGUUGGAUUCUUUAAUAAAAAAUAAUAUUUGGUCAACAGGCAUACAGAAGUCAAAUAUUUGUGGGUUGGAUUCUUUAAUAAGAAAUAAUAUUUGGUCACCAGGCAUACAGAAGUCAAAUACUUGUGGGUUGAAUUCUUUAAUAAGAAAUAAUAUUGGGUCACCAGGCAUACAGAAGUCAAAUACUUGUGGGUUGGCUUCUUUAAAUAGAAAUAAUAUUUGGUCACCAGGCAUACAGAAGUCAAAUACUUGUGGGUUGGAUUCUUUAAUAAGAAAUAUUAUUGGUCACCAGGCAUACAGAAGUCAAAUACUUGUGGGUUGGAUUCUUUAAUAAGAAAUAAUAUUUGGUCACCAGGCAUACAGAAGUCAAAUAUUUGUGGGUUGGAUUCUUUAAUAAGAAAUAGUAUUGGUCACCAGGCAUACAGAAGUCAAAUACUUGUGGGUUGGAUUCUUUAAAUAGAAAUAAUAUUGGGUCACCAGGCAUACAGAAGUCAAAUACUUGUUGGUUGGAUUCUUUAAAUAGAAAUAAUAUUUGGUCACCAGGCAUACAGAAGUCAAAUACUUGUGGGUUGGAUUCUUUAAAUAGAAAUAAUAUUGGGUUACCAGGCAAACAGAAGUCAAAUACUUGUGGGUUCGAUUCUUUAAUAAGAAAUAUUAUUUGGUCACCAGGCAUACAGAAGUCAGAUACUUGUGGGUUGGAUUCUUUAAAUAGAAAUAAUAUUGGGUCACCAGGCAUACAGAAGUCAAAUACUUGUGGGUUGGAUUCUUUAAUAAGAAAUAAUAUUGGGUCACCAGGCAUACAGAAGUCAAAUACUUGUGGGUUGGAUUCUUUAAAUAGAAAUAAUAUUGGGUCACCAGGCAUACAGAAGUCAAAUACUUGUGGGUUGGAUUCUGUAAAUAGAAAUAAUAUUGGGUCACCAGGCAUACAGAAGUCAAAUACUUGUGGGUUGGAUUCUUUAAUAAGAAAUAAUAUUGGGUCACCAGGCAUACAGAAGUCAAAUACUUGUGGGCUGGAUUCUUUAAAUAGAAAUAAUAUUGGGUUACCAGGCAAACAGAAGUCAAAUACUUGUGGGUUCGAUUCUUUAAUAAGAAAUAUUAUUUGGUCACCAGGCAUACAGAAGUCAGAUACUUGUGGGUUGGAUUCUUUAAAUAGAAAUAAUAUUGGGUCACCAGGCAUACAGAAGUCAAAUACUUGUGUGUUGGAUUCUUGAAAUAUACAUUAUGUUGGGUCAGCAGGCAUCGGGAAGUCACAUCUUCGUUGGAUGGAUUUUGUAAAUAGAAAUAAUAUUGUGUUUGCAGGUUUCGAGAAGUCACAUAUUUUUGUUUGGAAUCUUUAAUUAGAAAAUAUUAUUCCAAUGACUUCACAUUUGUACGAUGUAUUCAAUGACAUGAGUGCAUUGAUAAAUUGUGAUUUAUUUUAGAAGUAUUCAAUUGUAAAAUAUCUUUAUGUAUCUAAAAUAAAGCAAAGUUAACUACAGGGGUCAUGGAUGAAGGAAGUCACCUCGAACGUCAUUCCCACAAUGGCAGCCAGUUUCAACAAUGACAAACUCAAUAUUCUUAAGUCCCUUGGUGCUGUUUAAAUAAAAAAAAUCGAUUUUAGUCGUAAAUGGAAUGUCUUAUUUUCAUUAUUCUUAUGUGUUUAAACUAGUAUUUCGGCAUUAUUAAAUAUGACCUUAAAGUAAAGGAGAUGAAAUUACCAUUUGUUGCCAUAAGUCACAUUAAGACAGAUUUGAGAGUUUUAACGUAGCAACUUAAAUCCUUAAAUUGAAACGGCCCUCAGCUUAAUACCUUCUGACGCCCCUGUUUUUUUUAAACUGACUAUUGAUCAUUUCAUGACAUGAGUGCAUUGGAUUUUCAAACAACCAAAUUAAUACCACGUUAUUUUGUGUAUUGCAAUUUUCUGCGUUGUAUGAGUACAUGAAUUAAUUUUCUACCUUUGUUUGCAAAUAAUGAGUGUUCAUAAAUUGCCAAUUCAAGGUUCAACUUUGAGAUACGUAAGCGAUUUUCCACUGAAGUCGCUUGUUGUACGCCAAGUGUGAUAGUCAUAAAGUAUAUAAAAAAAUCAAUGAAGAUGUACAUGUAUAUAAAUUCGCAUUGAUGUAUUUUGUAUUUAAUGUAACAAUUAUUAGGUCACGAGCUCAAUCGUUAGCCUCUCUCUGCAUCUAUCCUCAAAAAUUCUUUAGAGAUACUAGCUUUAGCAGAAAAAUUCGCAUAACUUUCCCAGAUCUUCCUAGUUCAACUCAACAUAAUAUAUAUAAUAUAUUAACAUCAUGUUUUCGAACAAAUGAAUAAUACAGAAAAAACAUAAUCAUAACGUUAUAGUAAUUGAAUCAAUUGAUCAUUUUGAAUCCGAAUAAUUAUUCACCCAUUCUUCAAGUGGUUUGUUUACCCAAAUUGUAUUUGAAUAUGUAUAUGUACUUACAUUGAUGUAUGUUGUGCUUAUUCUAACAAUUAUGGCGUGUAUUUUGUCAUUUUUAUUUAAAAUUAUGGUGGUUUUUAGUCGUGAUAUCGUCAGAGGAUGUCAAACUCGUGUUUUGUACAUAUUUUUUACAUUGAAUAAAUAUCCUUUUCA